GCAAAAGGCUACCCCAACCCGGCCUUCCAUGAGGAUACGAAGCCUCAGGAGCGGAUGACAGAGGGGCAGCCAACCGUUGACACGGAGCGCAAGCCAAAGAAGGGCCUCGGAAGGAAGAAAAAAGAACCAGCAAAAGCAGUGGGAUUUUUCCAGUUGUUCCGCUACGCUACUGGUUGUGAGGUGCUCCUAAUGAUAAUCGGCCUGCUAUGUGCUGCUCUCCACGGGAUAGCCCUGCCCCUUAUGUGUGUUGUGUAUGGACAGAUGACCGACAGCUUUGUACAAAGUGGACAGCAGCUCAACCAUACAGCCAAUUUCACUGUGGAGGAGAUCAGCGCUUUAUUGAACUCAACUGACGGAUGUAUUCAGAUUCCUGGAGUUGAUAUACAGGCUCUAAUGACUCGACAUGCCUAUUACUUCAUCGGGAUCGGUUGUGCUGUGUUCCUGCUGGGGACCUUUCAGGUGAUGUUGUUCUUGCUGACAGCCACCAAACAGACCAAACGGAUCCGGGAGAAAUACUUCCAUGCCAUCCUACACCAACAGAUGUCCUGGUUUGAUACACACCAGAUAGGAGUUCUCAACGUCAGGUUGACAGAUGACAUCAACACAAUCAACGAAGGCCUUGGAGACAAGAUCUGUGUGUUCGUGCAGUUCUUCUGCACCUUCUUGUCAGGGUUCAUCAUUGGUUUCAUCUUCGGCUGGAAGCUGACACUCGUCAUCCUGGCCGCCAGUCCUCUCCUGGCAGGAUCAGUUGCCGUCUGGUCCAAAAUACUUGCCACCCUGACCAGUAAGGAGCUGUCUGCCUAUGCCAAAGCAGGGGCGGUAGCUGAAGAGAUACUGGUGGCUAUCAGGACAGUUGUGGCUUUCAAUGGGCAAAAGAAAGCUGUGGAAAGGUAUGAAAAGAACUUGGAGGAUGCUAAAAACUUUGGAAUAAAGAAGGCCAUCACCACUAACGUGGCCAUGGGCUUCACCCAGUUUGUCAUAUUUGGGACGUACGCCUUGGCUUUCUGGUACGGGACCAAGCUCUCUGUAGACGAGCCUGAAAACUACACCAUUGGAAAAACCAUUACAGUCUUCUUCUCAGUGAUUAUUGGGUCGUUCUCUUUGGGCCAGGGUGCGCCUAACUUGGAAGCCAUCGCCAAAGCCCGGGGUGCUGCCUAUGAAGUCUACAAUACCAUUGACCAGCCGCGGCCCAUAGACAGCAGUUCAAAGGAAGGUCACAAACCAGACUAUGUGAAAGGAGACAUUGAAUUCAAGAACAUCCACUUCAGCUACCCCUCCAGGAAAGAUGUCAAAAUUCUUCAGGGAGUGAAUCUGACAGUUCCUCGUGGGAAGACCAUAGCUCUGGUUGGAGCCAGUGGAUGUGGGAAGAGCACCACCAUUCAGCUGCUGCAGCGCUUUUAUGAUCCAGACUCAGGAGAGAUUACCCUGGAUGGUCGGGACAUCCGGACCCUGAAUGUGAAGUGGCUGAGGGAGAAUAUGGGUAUCGUCAGUCAGGAACCUGUGCUAUUCGGAACAACCAUUGCAGAAAACAUCCGCUACGGCAGAGAGGAUGCCACAGAUGAGGACAUCGAACGGGCCGUGAGAGAGGCCAACGCAUACGACUUUAUCUCCAAACUCCCCGAUAAGCUGAACACCAUGGUGGGGGAGCGGGGAGCCCAGCUCAGUGGAGGACAGAAGCAGAGGAUAGCUAUCGCCCGGGCCCUGGUCAAAAACCCGAAGAUCCUCCUGCUGGACGAGGCCACCUCCGCCCUGGACACCCAGAGUGAGUCGGUUGUCCAGGCCGCUCUGGAUAAGGCCAGGGCGGGCCGCACCACGAUAGUGAUCGCCCACCGCCUGUCCACCAUCAGAACAGCUGACGUGAUCGCUGGCUUCAGCAACGGAGAGGUGGUGGAGCAGGGAACACACAGGGAACUCAUGGACAAGAAGGGGGUCUACUACUCUCUGGUCAUGCAGCAGAGUCAAGGGAAGCCAGAGGAAGAUGAAGAGGACCCUGUGGAAGAGGAUAACCCUCCUAAAUAUGAGGAUCUAGAUGAUGUCCUGUAUGACUCAUCUGACAUGGAUGAGCUGGAAGUGGUAAACGAGGAAGGAAUAGAAAACGGCGGCUUUGAAAGGAACUCAAUCAGCAGUGGCCGUGUGGAAAUGAAACUGACCAGGAGGAAAUCUAAGAAGUCCAAGAAAGACAAGAAGGAAAAGAAACCAGAGGAAGCUCCAGACAUCCCCUUCACCAGAAUCCUGGCCUUGAACAAGCCCGAGUGGCCGUACAUGUUAGUAGGAACCCUGUCUAGCUUGGUGGGGGGAGCCGUUUAUCCCUGUGUCGCCAUCAUCUUCGCCAAGAUCAUUGGAGUAAGUGUUUCACAAGACCACCUCCUUAACCUUGCUAAAAAGCAUUCCUUACAGGAGAUUGGAUGGUUUGAUGACAACAACAAUGCAGUGGGAGUUCUAACCACCAGAUUGGCCACAGAUGCAUCUCUGGUUAAAGGGGCGACUGGGUCUAGGUUGGGUCUGGCCACCAACACAGUCUGUGCUCUCACCAUGGCCAUUGUGGUGGCCUUCAUCCACAGCUGGCAGCUCACCCUCGUCAUCCUCGCCUGUGUGCCCUUCCUCAUUGGAGCCAAAAUCAUUCAGAGGAGGGCCACGGCAGGCCACGCCUCCAAAGACCAGGGUGCCCUGGAGCAGUCUGGGAAGAUAUCUACUGAGACCGUUGAAAACUUCAAGACAGUUGUUGGAUUGACACGGGAGGACGUCUUCUUUCACAAGUUCAUGGACAGUCUAGAAAGACCAUACCAGAACGGUUUGGUGAAGGCUCCCAUCUACGGACUAACAUUUGCCGUUGCCCAAGCAAUCCCUUACAUGGUCAAGGCUGCAAUCUUCCGCUUUGGGUCCUGGCUUAUUGCUCACUGCCACACAGAAUAUGAAAAUGUUUUCCUUGUGUUUUCUGUGAUCACAUUUGCUGCCAUGAACAUAGGAGAAUCAGCAUCUUUUGCUCCUGACUUUGACAAAGCGAAAGCAGCUGCUGGGAGAAUUCUUGGCUUGUUGGAGAAGAAACCAGAGAUUGACAUUUGCAGUGAGGAGGGAGAGAAGCCAACGGACUUUGUCGGGGACAUUGAGUUCCGAGGGAUCCACUUUGCGUACCCGACCCGUCAGAACGUGAGGGUUCUCCAGGGGUUGAGCGUGUCAGUGGGGCCUGGUCAGACCCUGGCCCUGGUCGGGGAGAGUGGCUGUGGGAAAAGCACCUCCAUACAACUGCUGGAGCGCUUCUAUAGCCCUGCUGAAGGACAAGUGUUAGUGGAUGGGUUGGAUACUAAGACCCUGAACCUGUCGUGGCUGAGGUCUCAGCUGGGCCUGGUGUCCCAGGAGCCCAUCCUGUUCGACUGCAGCAUCUCAGAGAACAUCCAGUACGGGGACAACAGCAGAGAGGUCUCCCAGGAUGAGAUAGAGGAGGCAGCCAAGAACGCCAACAUCCAUGACUUCAUCAUGGGCCUGCCAGAGAAAUACAAUACCAGGGUUGGGGACAAGGGGACCCAGAUGUCUGGAGGUCAGAAACAGAGGAUAGCCAUUGCCAGAGCUCUGGUCAGACAGCCUAAAGUACUGCUGCUGGAUGAAGCCACUUCCGCCCUGGACACAGAGAGUGAGAAGAUUGUCCAACAGGCUUUAGACGCCGCCCGGCAGGGCCGCACCUGCAUCGUGAUCGCCCACCGCCUGUCUACCAUCCAGAAUGCAGACCAGAUAGCGGUAAUUCAGUAUGGUCAGGUGACAGAGCAGGGUACACAUACUGACCUCAUGGCUAAAGGGGGGGCUUACUAUGCCCUGGUCAACGCACAGGUCACCCACUAACUCAUAUUCAGAUUGAUGUUUUGCAGCGUAUUUACUGUUCUGUUGAAUGUUGUUUUGUGAGCUCUUUUCAUUGAGCUGCACUUCUUAGCCAGGUCCCCCUUGAGAAAGAGGUCUCCUGUCCAUAAUGGGACUUCCUGGUUAAAUAAAGGUUAUAUAUAAAAAUGUAUAAAGAAUAAGGAAUCUAUAUGGAUAAUGGUAUGGUAGCCAUAACUCACUUUGAAUGGACUGCUAAAAUGAUGUUGAAUUGCAUGAUACAAACUGUCUCAUUGUCAGUUGGUUUGAUCACAUGUAGGUGGUAAACUGAAAUGUAGCCUAUUGGGUUCCUGUGCUAUUGGGUUCCUCACUGUAUGACUCACUUUAGCGUAAUGCUGGAGCAUGGACAUCAGCGUAAAUAAGUCUUGAUAAGCUGCCUGGAAUGAAGGAACUGUUCUUGACCAUGGCACCUUUCAUUGUCUGAAGACAACAAGUACAGUAUGUAUUUCUAUAAGGAAAACAGUAAGACACAUUAUCACAGUUAAAUGACUGGAUAAAAGCAGUGAUUAGGAAAGGUUGUAUACCUGUAAAUAUGAGAGGUUGAUGUUCAGAAGACUGUUGUGUGUUAUUGUAUACUGUGAUAUUUUGAUUAUUUUAAACAGGGACACUAUGCUCUAGAAGGCAAAGUAUGCAUUGAAGAAUAUCUAUAUAUUUAAAUUAGUACGCUAUGUAAGGCUGUUACUUGUUUGUAAAUAUGCAUUCAAAUAAAACAUUAGAUCCCAUAACAUGUUAUUUUUAA